AUGACGAUCUAUCUAUCUAUCUAUCUAUCUAUCUAUCUAUCUAUCUAUUCUUGUCUGUUUCUAUCUAUCUAUCUAUCUAUCUAUCUAUCUAUCUAUCUAUCUAUCUAUCCUGGAAAGAGCAGGAAACGGUUAAUCUUAACAUUACCAUUAAAAUUUCUAUCUAUCUAUCUAUCUAUCUAUCUAUCUAUCUAUCUAUGUCCUUUUCUGAUCUAUCUAUCUAUCUAUCUAUCUAUCUAUCUAUCUAUCUAUCUAUCUAUGUCCUUUUCUGAUCUAUCUAUCUAUCUAUCUAUCUAUCUAUCUCCUUUUCUGAUCUAUCUAUCUCCUUUUCUGAUCUAUCUAUCUCCUUUUCUGAUCUAUCUGUCUAUCUAUCUAUGUCCUUUUCUGAUCUAUCUAUCUAUCUAUCUAUCUAUCUAUCACGCUACGAACUCUUUCGAAACCAUCUACACAAACACAUCUGUCAUAGAUAUAAUCACUUCUCCCACCGCUACCAACAUAGAAUACCAUAUAUCCGCACUUUCAUUCACAUCUACAACUACCGCAGAGCAUAUCCCUUUUGCUUUCCGUCAUUUUCAUAUGAGAAAAUAUCUCUCUUCUUCUUCUUCUUCUUCUUCUUCUUCUUCUUCUUCUUCUUCUUCUUCUUCUUCUUUCCCUCGAUGUCUACACUUUUCAAGCAUCUACUGGGCAUUGUAUGGCGGUCAUACUGGCGAGAUAAGAACUCACUUGGAUGCCGACGUUCAUCCAGACCCAUGUUGA